UAAGCAUUAAAAAGAGCCCGUUUAAUCAGAAUCUAAAACAAAUUGGAUAAUCAAUCGAUCCAAGUUAAAUAUUAAGCUCUGAUAGAUAGUUACUGUAAGUGCAUUUCAAUGGAACAAUCAAAACUGAAUUUUUAGUAAAAAGUUAAGCAUAGAAGAAUAUUCUCACUUGUAUUAACCACCCCCUUUCUCUCUCUCUCUAAAAAACUGAUCUUUCUCUUUCUAUUUAUAUGAGAGGAGGAAGAAGAAGAACGAUUGAGAAUAAAGCAAAACAGAGCAAAACAGAGCAAGACAGAGAUGGGGAGGGGGAAGAUAGAGAUUAAAAAGAUAGAGAACCCAACGAACAGGCAAGUGACAUACUCUAAGAGGAGGGUUGGGAUCUUGAAGAAGGCCAAGGAGCUCACUGUUCUCUGCGACGCUCAAGUCUCUCUCAUCAUGUUCUCCAGCACUGGCAAGCUGGCUGAUUACUGUAGCCCUUCUACUGAUAUUAAGGGGGUAUAUGAGAGGUACCAGGUUGUUACUGGCAUGGAUCUAUGGAAUGCUCAAUAUGAGAGGAUGCAAAAUACACUGAAGCAUCUCAACGAGAUCAACCAAAACCUUCGCAAGGAGAUUAGGCAGAGGAAGGGAGAAGAACUGGAGGGGAUGGAAAUAAAGGAACUGCGCGGUCUUGAGCAAACUUUGGAAGAGUCUCUAAGAAUUGUUAGACAGAGAAAGUAUCAUGUGAUCGCCACACAAACUGACACUUACAAGAAAAAGCUUAAAAGCACUAGGGAGACCUACAGAGCUCUAGUACAUGAACUGGAGAUGAAAGACGACAAUCCGAAUUAUGCUUUCAGUGCAGAAAACCACAACAGAGUCUAUGAAAACUCGAUUCCAAUGGUGAAUGAUUGUCCUCAGAUGUUUUCUUUCAGGGUUGUUCAGCCAAUCCAGCCAAAUCUGCUUGGUAUAGGAUACGAAUCACAUGAUCUUAGCCUCGCAUGA